AUGGAGUUAUUAAUAAUUUGGUGUGAUGCAUCAUCAGGUGACGCUUCCAUGAAUCAAUUUAAACUCUUUUUUAAUUUAUUUUUUGCAACAACAUCAUUGCGACUGAUCAUUCCAAAUAGUGUGAAUCAUUCAUUCAUUCAUCCAUUCGAUCAUCAUGUCGCUAUACUCUUUAGUAGUAGUAUUGGUAGAGAUGCAUUAACUUAUACAGAUCCUUUCUUUCUUUCUUUCUUUCUUUCUUCUUGUCUUUUCGAUAAAGGGGGCAGUGGUAGCAAUGGUCAACUAGGACUGGGAAACUGUGAUGAUGUUAGUGUACCAUCUCUCGUACCUACUACUAUCAAUGAUGGUGAUGGUGUAGUGAUUACUCAUAUUGCAUGUGGUGGCUAUCACAGUGGAUAUGUAUCAUCUGAUGGUUCAGUACAUAUGUCUGGUGGCAAUGACUGUGGUCAAUUGGGAUUAAAUGAUACCACCAUCAACAACAACAACAACAACAAGGCAAUCACACAAUUCACACCAAUCAACCAUUUCAAACAACUGAAUAUCAAGAUUACAAAGAUAUCAUGUGGAUGGAAUCACACUGUCGCAUUGUCAUCUGAUAAUAGGUUAUGGAGUUGGGGUUCAAAUAGUCACUUCCAACUUGGCUUUAAUACAUCGUUACCCUCUUCUAAUAAUAUCAACCCAACAACAACAACAACAACAACACUCAAUAAUAUAGAUAAAUAUAAUAAUAAUAAUAAUAUUAAUAAUGUUGAUAAACAACAAGAAGAAGAUGUUAAACCAAAACCAACUAAACAAAGAAUAGUAUUGGUGAAAAGAAAAAUAACAAAACAAGAUUCACAACCAACUCCAAGAUUAAUUGAAGGUGAAGGUUAUCGAAUGGUUGAUAUUGCAUGUGGUAUGCGUCAUUCAAUGGCAUUGACCAGCGAUGGUAAACUAUUGGUUUGGGGAUGUAACAAAUUUGGGCAAUUAUCAGUUGAUCAAGUAGAAGAGGAAGAGGAGGAAGAGGAGGAAGAGGAGAAGAAGAAAACAACAAAAAUGAUAAUAGUAGUCGAAAAACCAACAAUAUCAAAUACAAAUCAACGUCGUGUUGUUAGUAUGGCAACAGGUGCUAAACAUUCAAUAGCUCAAUUUGAUGAUGGUCAUAUUUAUUCAACUGGAUCAAAUAAAUAUGGUCAACUUGGAAUUGGAAAUACUAUAGAUCAAAGAAACUUUAAACAAUCUAUUGUUUUAUUAGAUGACCAUGAUAAUAAUAAUAAUAAUAAUACAAAUAAUUCAAAUAUAGACAUUUAUUGUGGUUGGAAUAAUAGUUGUAUCAUUAAAAAUAAGAAUAGUAUUUAUAUAAGUGGUAGAGGUGAUUAUGGUAUAUUGGGAAAUGGAGAAUUUAAUCAGCACUAUUUACAUUUUAAACGAUUUAAUCUACCAAUACAACAAGAUGAAACAAACAACAACUCAACCACAAUGAUCAUUGGGUUUGCAAUGGGAACUGAACAUUUAAUGAUACUAAUUAAACAACAAAAUUUGGUGGAAAAUAAUAGUACAUUAUAUACAGUUGGAUGGAAUGAACAUUUCCAACUUGGUCGAGAGGAGAAUGUUUAUCCUGGGUGCCCCGAUGGUGACAAUCAAUCGAUUCCAUACAGUGUCAAAUCAUUAUCAAAUAUAUUAAAUUUAAAUCCAAAUCCAAAUCCUCAAUCCAUUCAAUUGGGUGCAAGUGGGCAAUCAAUGAUUUAUAUAAAUAAUAAAUAA